AUGUCACAAAAUGCGGAGUCUAAGGAGAUCGCUGAGACUGGUGGAAAUGAAGGCAUUCGUAGUAGUGAUGCCCUGAGGCGGAUAUUCUCGGAGCGUGAUCAGAGGAAGAAGCUUCGUGAGCAGGGUGUUAAGGUGAUGGGCGAUUUCCCAGUCAGUGAGGACCAGAGGAAAAGUAUUUACUCAGAGGCUAGGGAAGCAGCAAUAAAGGCCGCCCGACCCGACCCCAGCGCCAGCAUUAAGCACGAUCUGUAUACUACUGGAGCUGCGGCCUCGAGUUUCACGUCGACUAGGAUGAACCUGGCGUAUGAUAAUGAGUAUAGGGAAAUGACCGAUCUGGAGAAACGAACUAUUCUAUACGAUAAAGUACGGAAGGCCCAUAAGAAGGGAUAUGUGGCGAUCACAUUGGACCACGGUGGAACUCUGAAUUUGGAGCUGCACUGUGACAUCGCGCCGCAGACAUGUGACAACUUUAUACGGUUGUGCAAGUCGGGUUAUUAUAAUGGAGUUAAGUUCCAUAGAGUUAUACGCAACUUCAUGAUGCAGGGAGGCGACCCGGAAGGCACAGGCAGGGCUGGUAAGAGCGCAUUUGAAGGAGGCGCGCCGUUCAGAGAUGAGUUCGACUCUAGGUUGACUCACUCAGGGGCUGGGGUUGUGUCCAUGGCUAACUCUGGCAGAGACACCAAUCGUUCACAGUUCUUCAUAACGUUCAAGUCUUGUGAGCACCUGAACAACAAGCAUACCAUAUUCGGUCGAGUUGUGGGAGGAGGUGCGGCAUUGGACGUUUUAAACGAGACGGAAACGGACCGGAAAGAAAGGCCUAUUGAUCCCAUCAAAAUAGUGAAGACGCAAGUGUUCGUCAACCCGUUUGAGACUAUACUUGAUGACGAGGCGGCUCAGAAGAAGGAGGAAGAGGAUAAGUUGAAGGAGGCUCAGCUACUUCGAGAUCGCAUGGAUGUUAUGAAGGACCACCCUAAGAGGGAGUCUACAGGGAUUGGUAAAUAUCUGUCGGCGACGCACAAGCGUAAAUCUCAUAGUGGAACUUCGAUAGAGGAAAGCAGUGGUCCGGUGCUGGGACAGAUGGGCAAGUCUAAGAGGCAUAAAGCUUUUGGUUUCCAGGAUUGCUUCUUUUCCUUCCGUUCCUCCCCUUUGACCAUUCCUGAGUCCGCAGAGCCUGGCUUUGCCGAAUCUUAUCCCAACAACGAGAAUUUCUAUAUGGACCGUUCAAGAGCCCGUACGGAAGAACGGGCGGCGUAUGACAACAUGAGUAAUUCCGAUAAGGUUAAAGCAUACCUCUGUAGCGUGUGGAAAAAGACGAAAUUAGAAUGGGAGGUCCUCAAGGUGGCUUGGCCCUGGAUUAUCCUUGGCAUUAUAUUUCAAAUCUUGCAUGACUGGGCGCAUAACUGGGUUUAUUAUCUGAGUGGAAAAUACGACGUGUAUGGCGGACCUGAGAAUGCUCUCGUGGACUUCGGUCAUAUGGCAUUCCCUGAUAUAGAUACUCUUACUGUCUCGCCCGAACCAGAGAAUCCGGUACUGUACACUUGUAUGAUUCUCGCGGUGGCGUUUGCCGUGAUAGGGCCUAUUUUUGGGGGUCGAGAUGACUUCACGCUCAUAGGGGUUUUCUCAGGUUUUGAUGUCCAGAACGGCUGUGGAGAUCUGGUGUUUAGUAGCCAUAUGAUGUACUGUUUGCUAGCAACACUGGUCGUCACUCACUACUCUCGGAGCCUUAUUUUCAUGACAAACAGUGGUUCGAAAGGAAGAGCGAGCGAGAACGAGUUUCGGAUCGCCCACGGCAAUUAUCUGGCCAGGAAUCGGCCCGAAUAUGACCAAAGAAUGAAAAUAAUUAUGCAUUUGGACACUAGAGUCGACCGUAACAUGGACAAGAGUUGCUUCUCGUCAGUGUAUGGGGGCCACACACCAACUUGUUGCGUCAGAGCAACAACGAUGGAAUGGUACUACUGUCAUGAGUGCCGUAAGAGUAUUCCCAGACUAACUGAUGAGAACAGGUGCCCUGAAUGCAACGGGGGGUUUGUGGAAGCUGCUCGAGUGCCGGCGGAUGAUAUGAUGCAAGCAUUGAUGAUGUUGGCUGGGGCGGAGCGGUCUCAGACGGAGGAGAGUUCCAAUGUAUUGAAUAGACGGCAGCAGGAUGAGGCCAAUCCGUGCACAUGCAAAGCGUUCAUAGAGCGGUUGCCCGUAGCACCUAGACGAGUGAAAACCGAGAUGAAGGCGGACGAUUUGAUAGAGUCGUCAGUCGCGGAGUGCAGUAUAUGCACUAUGGAAUUCGAGAAGGAAGAUUCUGAGGAUGCUCAUUGUACUAGUCUACCCUGUGAGCAUUUUUUCCAUAGGGAUUGUUUGGUACCAUGGCUAAAAAGAAGUGACUCUUGUCCGGUGUGCCGACUCAGUGAAGUAUUGAGGGAGAUAGGAGAGAAUGUUGAGGCUGAUAAAUUAGAAUCUGAGCGUCGGCGACGAAAUCCUCUCCAUGAGUUCAUGUCAAGACGGUCUAUGAUGGGCCGUGGGCCGGAAUCCGGUGGUCCCCGCCACCCCAACGUGCGCUGUGACUGCUGUGAAAUGUUCCCCAUUGUCGGCCGCAACAGAUGGAAGUGUGUGCAGUGCCAGGACUAUGACCUGUGCGACGGCUGCUAUCACGCGUUUAUGGAUGGCCAGAGGGAUAUACCCGAACACGCGAGUAGGAGAACGCAGCUGCCGGGAGGGCAAGAACAUCACACUUUUCGGUUGAUGCGGAGUCCUGUGCCUCGUACGACGGGAAGUCGGGGAGAGCAAGUCGGUGGUGGUGAAGGAGGUAGUGCGUGGGUUGGUAUGGCCAAGCACGACUUGGGUUAG